AUGAACUUCCAAUCGCGUGUAUCCACAGCCACCGUGCACGAACUCCUCUUCGCCGACGACUGCGCCCUGAACACCACCUCGGAAGAGGAGAUGCAACGCAACAUGGACCUAUUCUCCGCCGCCUGCGAGAACUUUGGGCUGGUUAUCAACACGCAGAAGACGGUGGUGAUGCAUCAGCCGCCUCCCAAUUCAGCCACAGCCCCCAACCCGCCGCAAAUCAACGUGAAUGGGACUCAACUGCAAGUGGUAGAGAACUUCCCGUACCUGGGCAGCACCCUCUCCCGCAACACCAAGAUCGACGACGAAGUCGCCAACAGGAUCUCGAAAGCCAGUCAAGCCUUCGGUCGCCUCAAAAGCACAGUUUGGAAUCCUCAUGGUCUCCAACUGAGCACGAAGCUGAAGAUGUACAAGGCCGUCAUCCUGCCGACGCUACUGUACGGAGCGGAGACCUGGACGGUUUACACGAGGCAGGCACGUCGACUAAACCACUCCCACCUCAGUUGUCUUCGUCGCAUCCUGAGGCUGAAGUGGCAGGAUCGAAUCCCCGACACCGAAGUGCUGGAACGGACGGGAAUUCUGAGCAUCUACUCCAUGUUGAGACAAAUACAGCUGCGCUGGAGCGGCCAUCUGGUGCGCAUGGACAACGAGCGACUACCCAAACGUUUCUUCUACGGAGACGUCGCGACGGGCUCUCGUCGUCAAGGAGGCCAAAUUCGCCGUUACAAGGAUACCCUAAAGUCCUCCCUGAAGCGCCUACAAAUCAACCCGACCAACUGGGAAGAGCUCGCCCGCGAUCGCCCGACAUGGAGGAGAACAGUGAAGACGGGAGCUGCUAUCUACGAAGCCAACCGCAUCGCCGCCGCCAAAGUGAAACGCGAAGCCCGCAAAUCACAACUUCGCCCAGUCCGCAACGCCGUCGCACAACCGCUCCCAACGUGUCCUCGAUGUCAACGGACAUUCCGGGCACGAAUCGGACUUGUUGUACAUCUCCGAACCAACUGCACCUCUCGAACUGCUCCAGCCAUCGUCCCCGCGCCCGCCCCUUCCUCCUCCCUUCCGCCAACUAACUCUGACACUCCUUCUGCACCACCACUUCCAUCCUCCUCCUUCUCCUCCACUGCCCCAGCGGCGGCCGUUCAGACUGCCGUCUCACACAUCACCAACCCCGACACAAUAACCGCCACCACCACCACCUCUCCCGAUUCCAGUGAUGAGGAUCAGGACUACAUCUGCCCUCACUGCGACCGCGCCUUCACCUCACGCAUCGGCCUAGUCGGUCACUUGCGAAUCCAUUGCACAGAGACUGGCGAACCAGUGCCUGGAGCACCAACCUACACCCACCGCACUCGCCUCCACUGCCCACACUGCCAUCGCACCUUCACUCAUCGCAUGGGUCUAUUCGGCCACAUGCGCAUCCACGAGAGCGGAAUUGACCACAAUUCCGAUACAGCCACGACAUCCAACACAUCCACCACGCCCAGACCCAUCCUCGCUCCACCGUCACACGCGCCGACCACCACCACCGCCACCACCACUAUCACCACUGCUUCCUCUACAGAUGACACCGACACCGCGGACCACUCAUGCCCACACUGUUCACGCACAUUCACCUCACGCAUCGGCCUGGUCGGUCACUUGCGAAUCCAUCGCACAGAGACUGGCGAACCAGUGCCUGGAGCACCAACCUACACCCACCGCACUCGCCUUCACUGCCCACACUGCCCUCGCACCUUUACGCAUCGCAUGGGUCUAUUCGGCCACAUGCGCAUCCACGACGACCUGCGGUAA